AUGUAUUACGACAAAAUGUCUGCAGAUAUACAGGAAAUUAAUAGUGAUAAUCAGCUGUUAAUCGAUUCACUCGAGGACUACAAGACGAUUAUCACCGAUGGAUGGGCUCAACACUCGACCCAAACCACAACCACUCAUAACUGGCCAUUGGAUACACAGACAACACCUGUCGGCCACCGAUCGGAGACAAUCACUGCUGAAGACCUGUCAUUGACCGCCGAAGACGUUGAAAGUGACGGACCAAUUGAGACAGACACUGGAAGUGAUGGAUGUGUUGACACCACUAAUGACGAGACAAUUGAGGCGAAGAAAGAGUGCUCAUCAAAAGCGAUGGAAGCGUUUAAAUGCGAUUUCAUUGGCUGUCACUUCGAGACCACAUUAACGAGUACUCUGACGCGACACCGGAAUCGGCACCACUUCAAGGCCAAGCACUUGGUCUGCCCGAAGACGGACUGCACCGAGAGAUUUGUCACUAAAACUGAACUCCGGCGGCAUUUGUCGGCUCACACGGGCUUAAAGGCGUAUCGUUGCCAAUGGCCGGGUUGUGGGGCCGCCUAUACCGGGGUCUACGCUCUGACCGAUCAUCAGCGCAAACAUACCGGCGAUUUGCAGUACGCUUGCAAUGAGUGCCCCAAACGGUUCCCCUCUCGCGGCCAACUCACUCACCACCGCAACGGCCAACACAUCCUCCGGGACCAGCGGUUUCGCACUGAGGCUCGACUGGUCUCACAUAUGGACGAUCACAACGAGGUUAAGCCAUACAAGUGUUGGUUCGAUGGCUGCGAGAAAUGUUUUGCCGACAAACAGUACCUCAACCGACACCACAGAGAAGAAUAA